CUUUUGUGUUUUGAUUUGUAGUAAAAUUAAUCUUUUAUAUUCAUGUGGUUACUUAUAUUAUCAAAUAAAUAUGUUGCCUAGUGAUAUUCGGGUAAGUAAACGCGUUCGUUCGAACAAACUCUGAAUAACAUACAAACGUCAGUUACUAGGAUUUUUUUUGCUAAAUACAAUGCCAAUAAUAUAAAACAUAUUGGACAUAUUCACACCCAUACAAGUACAAAUCUUACAGGUUCGUGACGCAGUAAUUGACAAAAAUUAUGUAAAUGACCACAAAUUUUGUGCAAACUACAAUAAACAAAUAAGAAACUGAUCUAGAGUAAUAUGCAAGAAAAUGCUUAUGCAUUAAAUCGGCAGUUUUGUGAAACCUUUUAGUGAAAAUAUAUGUAUGUGCAUACACAUUUUAGAACAGUACCCCAUAGCAAGAAAUUAAUACAAGCAUAGGCAGCAAGUGGUAAAAUUGCUCAUAAACAUUUACCCCAUGAGUAUGAAAAGGAUCACAUCCGCAAGACUUUCUAUUUCUAUUGGACAGGAAUUUUUGAGUUUCAUUAAAAUUUAAUCAUAAUUUUAACCAUUUGCCAACAUAAUUGCAAACUAAGUGAAUGAUAAAACAAUGCGAUGUGAUUGCGAUGUUUUCAUCAAUAGUUUUUUUGUUCCCUUAUAAUAAUAUAUUCGUUAAAAGAAGUAAACAACUGGCUACCCAUAAUAAAUUAUGCAUAAACGAAAACUGUUUACAUUUUCACACAGAUUAGUUCACAUUUGAACAUUUUUGCCCAGUGUUAUAAAUGUGUAUGUGCUUGUUCAAACAAGAAUACAAUUAAGCUUGGCAACUCCUGAUUUAAAGGAGGGUUUGGAACAGGAAUUGUGAGUACGAAUCCAUCGGUACCAUCCCCCAGUGAGAAUUCAUUUUUCAUAAAACAUGAAUUACAAAUAUUAAUCAAGCGCGAUUAUUCGCGCAGGGCACUUAUGCAAAGUUCCAUAGCCAUGAAUAAAAGUGUUGGCGGAAGGAUUUUUACCGCUCAGCGUUAACGUCGAUGUGCCAUCCCUAAAUAAAAGCGGCAACUUUACGUCAAAUAUCAAAAUGUGUAGUUGAAUUUUUGUUGUGAAAUUGUAUUAUGCAGAAAAAUUUCGUUUUUGGUAGCCAACUUUACUUCGGAACGUUCUGUCAAAAUAGAAAAUUUCAACUGCUCAGCGUCGCCGUCGCUGUAUUUAGGUAUGCGGCAUACAAAAUGUAUGGGCAUGAGAAUUUUUUGACAGUCAUUUUCCGCUGCCGCUUUUAUUUAGGGAAGGCAGUGAUAGAGCGUAAGCGUACGUGUGAUUUAAAGUCGGCACAAUUGUGCUCAACUGUGCCGACCACUGGUUUGGAACCGAUGAAAGAGGAAUCGCGCCGAUUCGCUCAUUUUCGGCGAUCCGCUUGAGUUCUUGUUCAUAACAGUUCGUUGCGACGUAAUUCGACAUUCCUUUUCUUUUUCAAAUUCUUCUAUGGUUACAUUUUUAAUAAUUACAAUACAAUAGAAGAAUUACUGCCAGAUUUAAAAAAAAAAUAAUAGAAAGAGAAUGACAGAAGUACCUGAAUCUAGGUAACCAACCCAAAUGACCCCCCAAAAAAGAAGUUGCCCAUAGCUCGUGUCAAAAGAAGUACAUAUGUCGGAAUUACAUGGGCAGAUAUUGUGCAUGUGGAUCAACAGCUAAAUGGCACUACAUCAUAUUGCAUCCUAAAAAUUAAUCAAUAAAAUAUUGGUUUUAAAAAGCAGAAACUAACUUAACAGUCACUAGCUAGCAGUAGAGAAACAGAACGUUUGUUUAUUUUCAAUGAACACCUGAGCGCAAUUCGGAAUGUUGCCAGACAUAGCUCAAAAAUAAAAUAUUUUGAUGUUGCCAGCAUUACCUCUGCGCAGAGAAAUUAAAAUUUUGUCGAAAAUACAUGUGCAGAUAUUCUGCAUGCAGAUCAGUAAAAUUUUUUCGAGCCAAAAUACAUGUGCAGUAAAUUUUGACAAGCAGAUCUUUGGUUUCUAAAAGAUUGUUUCUUUACUGCUAAUAUCUGCUGGUUAUCAGAAAGAGAAGUACCAUGAGAGUAAAGAAACUGAAAGAUAGUAGCAAUUUGCAAGGAAAUGUCUGAGUGCUAUUUUGGGCCACUAAAUCAUUUGCAUCUUAAAAAUUAAUAAAUAAAAAAUUUGUUUAAAAAAGCAGAAACUUGCCUAAUUGUCACUAGCUAGCAGUAGAUUAACAGAACGUUUGUUUAUUUUUAAUGAGCAGCUGAGCGCAAUUCACAAUGCUGCUAGACUUUGCACAAAAAUUAAAUAUUUGAAUGUUGUCAGCACUGCGCGCAGAGAAAUUCAAAUUUCACAUGGCAUGUAGAUCUGCAUUGAGGUGCAGAAUUCGAACUGUCAAAUCAGUACAUGCGUUCUACGCAUGUAAGUAGUUCCGGCAUUAGUGUGUCAAAGAUAAAAAUAUGGUAGCCCUUUGCUAAGGCGAUUAUAUAUGUUCCACAAAACCAACGGGCAUGUGGGCUCUAAAUAUGCUGUUAUGUUUUUACAUAGUUAUAUAUUAUACAUAUACAUAUUUAUGCGUCCCCACAUAUUUCAGUGCCUUUGGUUAAUGCAAUGUACAGUAGUCUGAUAGGCAUUGAGAAAGUGAGGUGUACUGUGCAGUGCGUAGACCAAAGGAAUUUAUAAAUAGUGAUUUGGGUUACUAGUGUUGUUUAUUAAUUGUGGGGAUAAAAUGGAGAAAAAUGUGGAUGAAAAAUUAAAUAGUCUGGAAAAGUAUGUGCCAUUCAUAAAUUACUUGCUGCACUUAGAUGAAGAUAAAUAUAAAAAAUUUAAAGACAUUCAACAUUGGAUUGUUUCGAGAAAAAGGUACCCAAUGAAUGUACUACAAAAGAUUGAGCAAUCCAUUAUAACGCAGUAUAGAAAUUUGUUUUAUGAUGAUGGGAUUUGCUCAUUUUGGAAAAUUAUAGUUGCAUUGAAUUUGCUACUUAAGCUACUUAGUUACUGUGAGAAUCGUCCGUACUAUGGCGUGUUUUAUAAAAAAAAUUGCUUAAAAAAUAAAGUGCCCAAACAUAUUAUGGAUAUUUUUAAUACACAUGCGCAUGCUAAAUGCUUUAGAGUUAAUUUGUGCUCCGAUGACGAAGAUAACGCUGAAAGCUCAUCGGAUAUUGAAGAAUUCGAUGAUGAUGUUAUUAUUGUAUCCACAUCACCACAAGAUAAAGUGCAGUCACAAGCAGAAACGGCAAAGCAAUGUGGCAAACUUCAAGAGAAAUCCUCAAUUUCGCAAUGCGAUAAAAGCAAAGAACAGGAAACAGCUUCCAAGCCCGUUUUAGAUCCUUGUAUAACGGACGAACCAAUAUGCAUAGAUUCCGAUGAUGAUGAGGAUGAAGUACAGAAUUCUACAGUUCCAGUUGAAGAAGAAUUGUGCGUCACUGAGAAGCAACUUUUUAAACGGAGACGAGAUUUUAUAGAUAACGUUGAAGAAAAAGACGAAAGUAGAGCAAUUGAAAAAGAAACGUAUAAGAAUCAACAAAAUGAGUUGAACAAAGAGAAGGGUAAUCCAAACGAGGUCGUUGAAUUGCAAAAGGAGGAAUUAGAUUUUGAAAAUAUGGAUAUAGAUCAGUUGAAACAAAUCUAUGAGGAUUUAACCAAGGAAUGCGGCAUUGAUGUGGACCAAUUAUUAAAAAGCAUAACACAAUCAACGGACCUAGAAAAUAAUAAAAACAAGUCGCCGCAUGAUGAUUUUGCAAGUUCACCAAUUUACCCAAAUUCGUGCGUUCCUGUGAAUCCUUACCCCGAAGCGUAUGCCAAUAUAAUGCAACCAAAUGUAUAUACUAUGCCACCUCAAGCAACCCUUCGGUUGAAUUUAAAAGACCCGCGAAUUAUUAAAUUAUUAGAAAGAUCUAAUACUCUGCAUAUGAUUUCAAUGGGUACGCCAGUAAGAAAUGUUACUCAAUCGGCGGCAUUGCCUAUACCUGAGCCUACAACCUAUGGUGAAUAUAAACGGCUAAAAGCGGAGCAAGCGAAAAAGGCAGAAUUGAAGAAGUUAGAAGAAGCAAGGAAAGCGGAACUGAAAAGCGCAGACGAAUUGAAGAGAUUAAAUGAAGCAGAAGAAUUAAAGAGAAUAGAGGAAGAGAAGAGAACUGAAGAAUUGAGAAAAAUCGGCGAAGCAAAAAGAGCAGAGGAAUUAAAAAUAAUAGAGAAAGCGAAGAAAGCUGAGGAAUUAAUAAAAAUUGAGGGAGCGAAGAAAGCUGAGGAGCUGAAGAGAAAAGAGGAGGCGAAAAGAACAGAAAAGUUGAAGAGAGAAGAGGAAGCAAAAAGAGCACAUGAAUUGAAGAGAAUAGAGAUAGCGAAGAGAGCAGACGAAGUGAAAAUAAUAGAAGAAUCGAAAAUAUCAGAGGAUUUGAGAAAUAGGGAAGAAGCGAAGAAAAUAGAGAAAUUAAGAAGAAUGGAGGAAGCGAAGAGAACAAAAAACCGUAAAGAAUUAUGGAAAAAUAACCAAAAAAAUAAAAUUACGGAAGCAGAAGAUACAAGAAUAACGGACAAAACGAAAAGAGAAGUUUAUGCGGAAAAAGCUGGAUUGGUGAGAACAUCGAAAGAUAAUCAAACAAACCUGAAGACGAAAAUAAAUAAUCUCGACAAUAAUACGGCAUUAUCGAAAGAAAAUGAAGCGCCAUAUCAAAGUACUGAAAUUUCCAGUAGCACCUAUGUAUCAAAUGAAGAGGAGACUGAUUUGAGAAGCAUAAUUUUGAAUACUAUUCUACCAUAUGGCGACAAAAUACUAAAUGUUCUUGGAAAAGGCAAUCAGUUACAAGAACUAAAUGAUAAAUUAACAACAUUGGAAAAUUCAAAAAAAGUAACCGAGCAAAUAAAUGCAACUAAUGCAUCAUCAGUAAGUCAUCAAAUAUCAUCUGUUGCUUCUACUGCAGUGAAUAGGAGUGAUCAUAAUACUAAGACCGUAAACAAUGCUCGAAAUGAACAUCGUCGAGAAGAGCGGACACAAAGCGUGCUUAAUUUUAAGAAAUCACAAAAGAGCAAGAAGAGGCCGCGAAAAGAAAAGGAGCCAAAAGCAAAACCCACUUACAAAAGGAUACGUAGUAUUUCCUCGUCUUCGUCGACAACGUCGGAAUCGUCGUCCAUGUCAUCGACAACAUCACUUCCUUUAACUAAACGAAGAAGAGAAAGUCAAACGUUGGUUAAGGAACCAAUUGUAAAAUUAAGAAGACUUUCACCGGAAACUAUUUUCAAAUACAUGAAAAUACCGUUAGCAAGCGAAUGUAAAACCAUAAACAUUCGCUUAGUGGAAGACGUGAAAAGAACAGAGAAAACCGUACAUCAUUUGGUCAAGGAGAAACCGAAAAAACUAAAUAUAAAAUACAAAAAUAUUGAAAAGCUUAUGUUAAAUGAUAAUACGACUUUUUGUGUGUUAUGUAAAUCAAAACCCUCCGAUUUAACGAAUCACUACAAAAGAGUACACAAAACCGAAUCUUAUGUGGCACGUCUCAGUAGAUCGACUUUACAUUAUUUGGAAAACAACGUCCCAUUCGCACAAAAAUUGCCAAAAGUCGCAAAACUUCAAAAGUACUCAGUUAAAUGUGCUUUUUGUGAGGAUAAAAUAGAAGAUAAGUUCAUAAAUUUCUAUAAACAUUUUUCAAAACAUACCGGCGAAUAUGCUUUUCAAUGUGAUAACUGUAAGUUGGAAAAACCUUAUGAAUUUGACAUACAAUCGCACAAAUGCCAUGCGAAGUCCUGUCGCAAUGCUGCCAUUAGAACACUCUAUCAAUAUCCACCAAAUGUGCUAGCCAUAUAUUUAUAUUGUUGUAAAAUAUGCAAUUUUGUGCAAUUAAAUGAAGCCAAUACAUUUAAACAUUUGCGGGAUCAUCACGAGAAACGGCAAGAUGAUUCGAGUUGUAUUAAAAGAUAUAUACUCACAGCUAUAAAAGAUGAGGAGACGUGUGGGAAAUCGCCUGAAUCAGAUACAAAAUAUGAAUUACUAAUGAAGGAUGCUGAUGAAGAUAUAUUGGUGAAAAAUGAGGCGAUACUGGAGGAGGGAAUAACCGAUUUCCAUAAAGAUGAAAAAGAGAAAGUAGAAGCAAAUGGAUCAACGUUAUUGCUGGAUAGACGUCCAGCGUUCGAAAGCGCACUUAGCACCGGCUUAGCUAUGAUAGAACUUCCAUAUACCAACUACACUAAAUACUCCUCUAUACUAAACACAAAUUUGAUUUCUCCAAACUCGGCACAACAAAAUGAUAUACAACCUAUAGUUUUGUCGACAUUGGAAAAUCUUAAAAUUGCGAGUGUUUCAUCGAGUUUCGACUACAUAAAAACGGAAUGCUCUGACACACUGCCAAUACAAAAAGAAAAUUAUAGUUGUAAGAAAGUACUGCAAAAUUCAAGCAACAUUUCGUAUCGCCAAUAUCCAAGUGGCGCGUCUUAUUUCGGCUUAUACAAAUGCAUGGCCACUGAUUGUCUAUUCUCAACGGACGCAAAAGAGGAAAUAUUGCAGCAUCUGAAGGAGCAUUUGAGCAGUGAAUGUCCACCCGAAGGCUGUUUACUAUGUGCCUACUGUCAAUUAGACGCAGAGAUUUGCACUACACAUGAAAUGUUGAUUGAACACAUUGAAAAAAACCACCAACAGUCCCAGUUUCAAUGCUCUGUUUGUUGCUAUCGUGGAAUUUCACCAAGCCAUGUUUCAUUGCAUUUUAAGCAUGGGCAUCCGGAACAAGAAUUUCAGAUUGUAUAUCAAUGUGCGUUAGAUAUCGCUUUAGAUACUAGUAUACCAACAAAUAUCUCCGAAUUGCUGAAAGAAAAUGUGAUACCGCUGGUUUGUCCGCUUAACGAUUGUACACGGAAUUUUCAGAGUGUAAUUUGGAUGAAAAACCAUCUAAUGCACGCACACUCUUUACCCAUUAAAAGUGAUUGUAUUGCAGCGCUUGAAAAAUAUACCUGUAUAUAUUGUACGAUGAAUUUUUGUGAUUUGGAGAUGGUCAGGAAUCAUUUGGUUAUGUGCCAUCCCGACAAACAACCUUACGUUUGCGAGAGAGUUUUACUUCCAGAAAAAGAGGAGGAUUUACUGCAAAAUUUAACGAUAACAUUUGUCUCAUUGCCAAUCAUACCAGUUGAAAGUAUCAGAUAUGUGAAGAUGAAGCCAGAAUUCGGUUUGAACUCAACGAAUGACAUGUCUGGAACAGAAAUAACAGAUAUAUCGGGCAAUAUAACCGAUGUCCCUGCAGCAAAUCAGAUUGAGUGUGACACCAAGCCAAAUUUAGAGCAAUUAGUGAAAACAGCUGAAGAGAGCGUCAAAGCCAGUUUACAGAAAUUGGUCACAAGCACAGGCAUCUCACCCAAUUUACUCUAUCAUUGCCCAGAGCCGACAUGUGGCGGAUUUUUCUCAACCUAUGAUUUGUGGCAUCGACAUAUGAGUCUGCGGCAUUGUUGUGUUUUAAGCAUUUGCCCACAUUGCGUCAACAACAAGAAGACCGAAUUGCCAUUGGUUGAUUUCAAAGAGCACUUCCAACAACACUGUUGUCAUCUAUAUGGUUGUUUCCAUUGCGGCGAAACUUUCUCAAAUGAGCAGGCAUCAAGAGAUCACAUUACGCUUGCACAUAUAGAUAUAAAUCCAAACACUUCGGCAAUACAUCUGGAAAAGGUGCCACUCUACUUCAAUCAGUCUUUUAAUAUACUGCUGAAAUCGGAAGAAAAGAAAGAAAGAUAUACCUUAUUGUUGGAGUUGCAAGAAGUCGUACAAAAUCGCUAUAAAUAUAUCGAUAAAUUGAUCAACGAUUCAUUGAAAACGCAGUGGAUUGUGCCUUAUACAGCUACUUGGUUGGAGAACUUUCCAAGUUUCAAAAGCAAUGAAAGGUUCAAGCGGAAAUGCUUUUGUCAGAAUUGUCCCUUCCAAACUUAUGAUAAUGAAAUAUUUUACGCACAUUUAAGGGAAACCCAUCAGGUUAAGAAUAGUAAAUUUGCCUGUGCCAAGUGUCAUUUUAACGUAUCGUGCGAAAGUUGGGAACCCAUCAUUGAUCACAUAAAGAUGCAUGUGCUUAACAUACACAUUUGCUCCGUGUGCUCAUAUUAUCAUCACAAUCGACAAAAAAUACGCCAACACUUAACACAAGAGCAUCGCUUCAGAGACGUGCCGAUUGUGACUAUUAUACGUUCGUCUGUUAAUACUCAAAUUUCGUUAGCCGUCGUAUUUGCAGAGCAAAGGAAAACAUUUUCCACCAUUAAACGUUGUUUUUGCUGCGAUAAAAGCAGUAAUUCGUGGCAGGCAUAUGUCUCACAUUUGAAGAAAGCACACUUUUUGACAUUGCAAUAUUUUUGCGAAAUCUGUGAUGAAUCACUUAAGCUCACAGAAUGUGAUGCGCAUUUUACUAACUGCCAUUCAACAGCAUCGUUGAGAAUACGCUGCCAAAUUGCAACUAACACUCAAAUAUCAAUCGAUAGCAUUAUGCCAUUGAAACUCGCAAUCGAACCAAAAAGUAGUGAUCCGCUUGGUGUAGUAAAAGUAAUUAAGCAAGAACCCUGUGAUAUGGAUACGGAAAGUGAUAGUGAUAUUGAACUAAUUACUGAAGAUGAUAUUGUCAUUGCUAAUGAUGUGAACAUGUGUGAAUCUCAACAAAAUCCAAAAGAUAUUAGAUGUGUAAACUUUAGGAAUUUACAAAGUCAGCACACAAACAUCGGUAAUUUUGAUGUCUUGCAUGUGUUGCCACAACCAUUAGUACCAGGUGCAGUGCGAAUUCCACAGAUGCAGCAACAGCUACAACUGCAGUCACAAUUCAUUCCACAAUACGUGCCUCCAGCGAGCCCCAUCAUAGCAAUGAAUGCUAAAAACGCGUCGUUGGCUGUCCCACGCAUGGCAAUGCACAGUCAAAAUUUAAAUUUCGCAGGUGACUGCAAUUACAGAUGUAUUAAAAUUUUAGCAAAUACCACCGGUAAGGAACAUUUAUAUAAUUCACACAACAAUCAGUUGUACCUUACCGGAAUCGACCCGGUUUUUAUUAGGUCAAAGGCUGUUAUUUCGGCUAUCUGAUCCUGUUUGGGGCGGUAAGAUGCAAAUUUAAUUGUUCUCUGAGCAAUUUCUUGCAGUAAGGGUUGCUCUAUAUCUUUCUGAUCCGCUCUGUGUGCAUCCCAGCCUGGAAGAAUUUAAGGCGUUAAGAAGUUUCUCUGUUCUCUGAAGCUAUUUUGCCAAGAGGGGCACCGCCCUGGUAACGUUGAAACUAAUAAACGUUUUUGACCGAGACAAUUUCACAAAACUACUAUAAUACAUUGAAAAAAUAAUACUUCCUCUUCCUGAAGAGAUGGACCAUUAAUUACCUGAGUGGUCGACAAUCAUCACUAUAAGUUCGAGUUAAAAUUUCAAAGUUAAGAGGAAUUAAAUAGAAAUGGUGUUCUCUCUCCACCACAGUUUAACUUCAACAUUUCGAACCACCAGAGAGAACUAAG